AUGCCCGGUGGCGUCCGAAGCCUCGGCGUGGCGCGGGCGGGUGGGACGCGUCGUCGCUUUCGGAAUUCCCAACCCCCCGCCGCGGAAAGCAACGGGUGGGAGGGGGCGCACCCGCGAGGCCAAGGGCACUGGUGCAAUUUGCGAGUAAGCGGAGCCCUUCGCCGCGAACCACACUGUGCGCAGUGCAACCCAGCCGCUCGCUCACAUGCUCCAGUCCAAGCUUCCAAACCAAGCAUCCCCCACCAGCACCUCCACCCGAGGGCGCAAAACGCAAAACCCCACCUGCCCCGAGGUCCCUGCCGUAAAAAAUCCACGCGUGCCCUCUCGACGCCGCCGGCUGCCUCCGCCACCGCCACACUCCACUGCAGGCUUAGGACUCGGGCGGGGCGUUCCCACUGCCGCGCCUCAAUGCGACGGCGGCCCCCGUCGCCGCCGCCCAUGGCCACCCCCGCAGGUCGAACCCUACUGAAGCUCAUGUUGCUGCAGCUGCUGCUCGGAGACGUUACCACGGUCUCCGGCGGCGCUGGCGGGGGCGGGGAGCGCGAGGCCCUGCUGAAGUUCAAGGCGGCUGUGACGGCUGACCCCGGCGGGCUGCUGCGUGACUGGACCCCGGCCUCCGCGAACCACUGCCGCUGGCCGGGCGUGUCCUGCGGCGCGGGCGGCGAGGUGGUCGCGCUCAACGUCUCCUCCUCGCCCGGGCGCGCGCUCGCGGGCGCGCUGUCCCCGGCCGUCGCCGCGCUGCGGGGCCUCCGCGUGCUCGCGCUCCCCUCCCAUGCGCUCUCGGGCCCGCUCCCGCCCGCGAUCUGGUCGCUGCGCCGCCUCCGCGUGCUCGACCUCUCCGGCAACCGCCUCCAGGGGGAGAUCCCCGAGGCGCUCGCCUGCGCCGCGCUCCAGACGCUGGACCUCGCCUACAACCAGCUCAACGGCUCCGUGCCCGCCGCGCUUGGCGCGCUCCAGGGGCUGCGGCGCCUGUCGCUUGCCUCUAACCGCCUCGGCGGCGCCAUCCCUGACGAACUCGGCGGCGCCGGGUGCCGCAGCCUGCAGUUCCUCGACCUCUCCCGGAACCUACUCGUCGGUGGCAUCCCCCGGAGCCUGGGGAACUGCAGCGAGCUGGAGGUGCUCCUGCUGUCCUCCAAUCUGUUGGAUGACGUCAUCCCGCCAGAGAUUGGCCGGCUCAGGAAUUUGCGGGCUUUGGAUGUGUCAAGGAACAGUUUGAGUGGGCCUUUGCCAGCGGAGCUUGGUGGUUGUGUUCAGCUGUCUGUGCUUGUGCUGUCCAAUCCUUAUGCGCCACUUGGUGGUUCGAACUCGUCCGAUUAUGGGGAUGUCGAUGACUUCAAUUACUUCCAAGGAGGGAUUCCAGAUGCUGUCGCUAUGUUGCCGAAGAUGAGGGUGCUGUGGGCGCCAAGGGCUACAUUGGAGGGAGAGUUACCAGGUAAUUGGAGUUCUUGCCAGAGCAUGGAGAUGAUGAAUUUGGGGGAGAAUUUGUUCUCUGGUGGGAUUCCUAAGGGCCUGGUGGAAUGUAAGAAUCUGAAGUUCUUGAACUUGAGCUCGAACAAGUUUACAGAUUCAGUUGAUCCUUCACUACCGGUGCCUUGCAUGGACGUGUUUGAUGUCAGUGGAAACCAGUUGUCUGGCUCGAUUCCAGUAUUUAUCUCAAAGAAUUGUCUUUCAUCCCAGCUCCCAUUCGAUGACUUGGUGUCAGAGUAUUCUUCCUUCUUCACCUAUCAAGCGCUUGCUGGCAUCAUAUCAUCCUCGUUAAGAUUGGGUGCGGAUUUGACGAGCUACCAUAGUUUUGCUCGGAACAAUUUUACUGGCAUGGUUACAUCCUUGCCGCUUGCUGCUGAGAAGUUGGGGAUGCAGGGUGCCUAUGCUUUCUUGGCUGAUGGGAAUCAUCUUGGCGGUCAGCUGCAGCCUGGCUUCUUUGACAAGUGCAACAGCUCAAGGGGCUUCGUUGUGGAAGUCAGCAACAACUUGAUAACUGGUGCAAUUCCUGCAGAGAUUGGCUCGUUGUGCAGUUCUCUUGUUGUUCUUGGUAUUGCUGGUAAUCAGCUUUCAGGUAUGGUACCAACAAGUAUCGGACAGUUAAGCUAUCUUAUCAGCUUGGAUCUGAGUAGGAACCGCUUUAGUGGUGAAAUUCCUACUUCUGUGAAGAACUUGCCGCAUUUAGAGCGCCUCUCUUUGGCCCAUAACCUUCUGAACGGCACCAUUCCAGCGGAUAUUAAUCAGUUGCGCGCUCUGAAGGUAUUGGACCUGUCAUCAAACCUCCUCACAGGGGUGAUCCCUGGUACCCUUGCUGACUUGAGAAAUCUUACCGCACUCCUCCUUGAUAACAAUAAACUUACUGGGAAGAUUCCUUCAGGAUUUGCUAACUCAGCAUCCCUUACCAUGUUUAAUGCGUCGUUCAACAAUUUGUCUGGUCCGGUGCCAACGAAUGGCAAUACGGUUAGAUGUGACAGCGUCAUUGGGAAUCCUUUACUGCAAUCUUGUCACGUGUACACUCUGGCUGUGCCCUCAGUUGCUCAGCAGGGUCGUGGUUUGAAUUCAAAUGACUACAAUGAUACAGCACCUUCAGACCCACAAAAUGGAGGGAACAAUUCAUUCAAUGCAAUUGAAAUUGCUUCUAUAACUUCUGCAACAGCCAUUGUCUCUGUCCUCCUUGCAUUGAUCGUGCUCUUCAUAUACACAAGGAAGUGCGCUCCCCGAAUGUCAGCCCGGUCUUCUGGAAGAAGAGAAGUUACACUCUUCCAAGAUAUCGGUGUGCCAAUCACUUAUGAGACUGUUGUUCGAGCCACUGGAAGUUUCAACGCGAGCAAUUGCAUUGGAAGUGGAGGCUUCGGAGCCACUUACAAAGCUGAAAUUUCACCUGGAGUGUUGGUAGCUAUUAAGAGGCUCUCUGUUGGGAGAUUUCAGGGAGCCCAACAGUUCGAUGCUGAGAUAAAAACCUUAGGGAGAUUAAGACAUACCAACCUUGUUACCUUGGUAGGCUACCAUCUUGGUGAAUCUGAAAUGUUUCUCAUAUAUAACUACUUGCCUGGAGGAAACCUCGAGAGGUUUAUACAGGAGAGAUCGAAGAGACCAGUAGACUGGAAAAUGCUGCACAAGAUUGCGUUGGACAUUGCAAAAGCACUCGCUUAUCUACAUGAUACUUGUGUUCCUCGGAUCCUUCACCGGGACGUGAAACCAAGCAAUAUUUUGUUGGACACUAACUAUAAUGCUUAUCUCUCGGACUUUGGACUGGCAAGACUCUUGGGAAAUUCAGAAACCCAUGCAACCACUGGUGUAGCUGGAACUUUUGGAUAUGUUGCUCCAGAAUAUGCAAUGACUUGCCGUGUUUCAGAUAAAGCUGAUGUGUAUAGCUACGGUGUUGUCCUGAUGGAGUUAACCUCAGACAAGAAAGCCUUGGAUCCGUCAUUUUCUCCUUAUGGUAAUGGGUUCAACAUAGUUGCUUGGGCAUGCAUGCUGCUUCGUCAAGGCCGUGCUCGUGAAUUCUUUAUUGAUGGUCUGUGGGAUGUUGGGCCACACGAUGACUUGGUAGAGACAUUGCAUUUAGCAGUGAUGUGCACUGUUGAUUCGCUCUCUAUACGUCCAACUAUGAAGCAGGUCGUUCAACGGUUAAAGCAACUACAGCCUCCAAUUCGUGAACACCGAUAAAGGAUGCAAAAUUUACAUAUUCAACAUGUAGAAGAAGGUAAAGAUAGCUGUGACCUGCGCCCUUGAUGAUUUUUUUUUCUAAUCAUCUGUUUGACUAGAUUUUAUCUUGUAGGCAGCUUUGUAUAAUAUAGUUUUCCCCUGAAUCUCUCACUAAUGUAUCUGCAGAUAAGACGAUGAGAUGUAAAUUAACAAUUUUAAUGCCAAAGAUUUCAUUUAA